CCGGAAGUGAGAGAGAGGGAAGCGACCUUUCUUUGACAGUCUACGGUAGUGACGAGGAUGAACAUGGCUCGCAGUGUGUUUUGCAGAGCUGUCGGUGUGUUUCAGCUCAGCAGGACUUCCACACUGCUGACAGGGACUCGUUCCUACUCUCAGACGGAACCGGAACCGGAGCCGCUGACGGUGAGACAGCAAAGCAACGGAAUAAGGAGAAUCAUAUUGAACAAUCCCAAGAAGAGGAAUGCUCUGUCUCUGUCCAUGUUGGAGUCCCUGAGAGAAGACAUCCUCACUGAUGUCCACAGGGACGAUCUCAGAGUUGUUAUCAUAUCAGCCAAAGGUCCAGUGUUUUCCUCUGGACAUGACCUGAAGGAGCUAACGUCUGCCCAGGGCAGAGAAUAUCACACAAAGGUGUUUCACACCUGUGCAGAGGUAAUGACUUUGAUACAAGACAUCCCUGUUCCAGUGAUUGCCAUGGUAAACGGUGUUGCUACGGCAGCCGGUUGCCAGCUUGUUGCCAGCUGUGACAUUGCCGUAGCGACGGAGAAGUCCACCUUCGCCACUCCAGGUGUCAACGUGGGUCUGUUCUGUUCCACGCCGGCGGUGGCCAUCGGCAGAGCGGUGCCGAGGAAGGUUGCCAUGGAGAUGCUUUUCACAGGAACUCCCAUCUCCGCCCACGAUGCUUUGCUGCACGGUCUGAUCAGUAAGGUGGUGCCAGAAGAACGACUGGAGGAGGAGACGCUAGCCAUCGCCCAGCGGGUGUGCCGGGCCAGCCGACCGGUUGUAGCCCUCGGCAAGGCCGCUUUCCAAAGACAAAUGGCUCAAGGUCGAGAUGCGGCGUACGCCACCGCCUCCAAGGUGAUGGUUGACAACCUGGCUCUAAGAGACGGACAGGAGGGGAUCCGGGCCUUCAUAGAGAAACGCAAGCCAGUGUGGAGCAAUACAGCAGAAAAGGCCCAUGACUGAUGGACUGGUGACUUUUACCACAGGAGACAGGGAUUACUGUGACUGGUACAUGUGGUCUUUGGUUACUGGAGUGGAAGAAUAGUUAGCCCCAGUCCCAAGUCAAUGCAUGGCAACGCUACUUUUAAAACGUAGCUGUGUAAUUUGCAAGAUCACAAUUGAAGUUUGAAUUGUUGACUUCCUGUUCCCUGAGGAUGUCCUCCUUUUUGCUGGUACAGAAGUCAAGGAGCUGAACCAUUGUGCCUUAAAAGAUGCUUUGUUACCAGCCAGAGGACUCCAGAUGUUAUAUGACAUAAUGGAUGAAGAAUGCUGCUCUUUGUAUUGUAUAACUGUAAAUGCAAUUAAUAAGGAUACACAUUGGUAGGAGUUAUUACAAAUUUUCAGUGUUUUGGAUUAAAAUCUCUGGAUAGACAAUAUGAGGUGACUUACAGUUCAGCUCAUUCUGGUUCUUUGAUAAAAAAGUGAAAUUAUGUGUACAUGUAGACGUAAGAGGAGACGUUGCAAGGUGCAUUUCAGCAUGUUGAGGUAUAGCUCGGAAUCCAACUACCAACCAUAAAACAGCUGUGUGCACUGCAAAUGGUCAAUAGAAACUACAUUUUUCACAUACAGUUUAAA